AACCAAAUUUCAAAUUGUUUUUUGGAUUAAAUAAUGUACCGGAGAACGCUUUUGAAAUAACGGGAGAUUCCGUUGCUAACUUACCAGAUGAUAUGCCGCUCAGCUCUUUGGAAACUAUCGUUCAGGCUCUUUUGGAAGUCAUGAUUUGUGGUGCUCCUUCUGUUGAUGUGUCAAAUACAUGGAGAGCUCGUUGGAUGGGACUUGUCGCAAGUACAGCAUUUCAACAUAAUCCAGCAAUACAACCAAGAGCGUUUGUUGCGUUAGGUUGUUUGGCAUGCGAAGAAGUUGACGAUGAUCUUCUAUAUCAAAUAUUAGUGGCAUUAGGAGGAGCAUUAGAUAAUUUUUCUGAAAAUGAUUGCUCCUUAAUUCAGAGUAUAAUAAUGUGUUUAACGAAUAUAGUUGAAAAAUUAUCAAGAGAAUCACAAUACCUUCGAUCAAUGUUUUGGUUAACUAUGGCACUUAUUCAAAUUGGUCACAUUCCAAUAUUUCAAAGCGCUGUUAAUCUACUACAAGUGGUAUUGAGAGCUUUGGAAGCUCAAAACUUCUUUGUAGAAAAUGAUCUUGUAACAUUCUUAUUAAGUUCAAGAAGACCUUUAGAAAAAGUAACAAUGGAGAUGGAUAUAGAAGCAGGAAUUAAUUAUUCGCAUUUUUCAUUUGCCGUUGCUGCAGUUUUAUUAAAAGGAUUAAAAAACCCUUUAACAAAGACUUCAACUCAGGCAGCCUUACUCGUAUUUUUAGAUAUAGCAGCAAAAGGUGUUAAUCCUAAAAAUAAUAUAAUUAGUUCAAGUAUGCUAGGAUAUUUAGCAGCCCUAUUACCAAUGUCAGCAAAAGAUGCUGAUAUGAAAGGAUUACUUGGACUAGUUGGAAUAUCGGACAUUGAUGUUGAUGACACAGAGCUACAAACAUAUUUUAAGAUAUUUGAAAAACUUGAGAUUCCGGAUAAUCGAACCGCUUUGCUUUUAAUCUCUUUAAUGGUUACAAUGUUACAUCAUGCUGAAAGUGAAGCUGAAAGUUUAUUCUUGUAUGGAUUUUUGUCAGAAGCGGCGAAAAUUGUUCCGGAAUCAUUCGCCUUAAUUUAUGAUACUCUACUGCCAAAAAUGAGCCACAUUGUGUCGACCAGUGACACGAUAUCAAUAUUGGACGCAAUACAUUCAAUACUUUACACCGUUGUGUCCGAACCUCUUUACAAAAGGGCAAAUGAUAAUCAAUACUCUUAUUUAUCAGAAAUUGGAUUUAAUCAUUUAAUGGAUUGUGGAUCCUUUCAAAAUGUAACAAGUGAGAAAAAGGCCAUUAAUGCUAGAUUAUCUAGUAAAUUGGUUCAAUGUAUUAUUAAUUAUUAA